UAGAGUACACACUGUAGUUAGUAGUAGUAGUGUAGUGGGAAAAUCUGGAAACAGCUAUAUAGCUUUUUUUUUUCUUUUUCUUUCCCUUUGCUCUAUGACUGUUGUGAAAUAUGCAGAGCCGACGUGAGCUUCACGCGCCACCGUAACCUGAAGGAGAAGAAGAAAUAAGCCCUCAGCCAUGGGAUGUGCGGCGUCCAAGCUCGAUAACGAAGAUUCUGUACGGCGUUGUAAGGAUCGCCGCCGUCUCAUGAAAGAAGCUGUCUACGCUCGUCAUCAUCUCGCCGCCGCUCAAGCCGAUUAUUGCCGAUCUCUUCGUCUCACUGGAUCUUCUCUCUCCUCAUUCGCCGCCGGUGAACCUCUUUCGGUCUCCGAUCAAACUCCGGCCGUUUUCCUCCAUCCUCCUCCUCCGCUUUCUGAACCAUCUCCGGCUAAAUUCGUCCCUCCACGUUUUCCUCCGUCGCCUCCUCCGAUGUCUCCCUCUGUUGCUAGUAGUACCAAGCAGUCUUCUUCAGUCAAUUCCGUCUCUUCAAAUCGACGGCGGAAACAGCCACCGAAACCUAAGCUGCCUCAUAUACUCUCGGAGUCAAGUCCUUCGUCUUCUCCGAGGAGUGAGAGAUCCAAUUUCAUGCCGAACUUUUAUCCCGGAGCUGCUUAUCAGAACUCUACUUACUCCGCUACUCCUUCUCAUGCGGCCUCCUCCGUCUGGAACUGGGAGAAUUUUUACCCUCCUUCACCUCCGGACUCCGAAUUCUUCAAUCGGAAGGCUCAAGAGAAGAAACAAAACUCCGAUGAUCGCUUCAAAGAUGAGGAUACUGAAACAGAGAGGUCAGAGUAUGAUUUCUUCGACCCGAGUAAGCAGAAGCUGAAGCAGUUCGAAUCAGUGAGCAAUGUCGUGGAGACGGAGACGGAGAGAGAGGAAGUACAUUGUAGUGAAUGGGAGGAUCACGAUCAUUACAGCACCACGAGCUCCGAUGAGGAGGAGGAAGAAGAUGACGAUAGAGAGUCGAUCUCUGAGGUAGGGACUCGCUCCGAGUUUGGUGGAUCUACGGUGAGAAGUACUUCGAUGAGACAGCAUCAUCAGCCAAUGCCGCGAGAAUACGGCGGCUCUGAACAAGGCAAAUAUGAUAAAGCCGAUGAUGCGACUUUAUCUUCUGGUAGCUAUAGAGGCGGAAGAGAGAUCACUGACAUGAACAUGGUGGUUAGGCAUAGGGAUUUGAAAGAAAUCGUUGAUGCGAUUAAGGAGAAUUUCGAUAAAGCCGCUGCCUCGGGCGAUCAAGUGUCUCAGAUGCUUGAGCUUGGCAGAGCUGAGCUCGAUCGCAGUUUCAGCCACUUGAAGAAAACGGUGAUUCAUUCUAGUAGCAUAUUAAGCACCUUGAGCUCAACAUGGACCUCGAAGCCACCAUUGGCAGUCAAGUACAGGAUAGACACGACGGCUCUGGAUCAACCGAACAGUUCGAAGAGCCUUUGUUCCACUCUUGACCGUCUCUUGGCAUGGGAGAAGAAGCUCUAUGAAGAGAUUAAGGCUAGAGAAGGCUUCAAGAUUGAACAUGAGAAGAAGUUAGCACAACUUCAAAGCCAAGAGUAUAAAGGGGACGAUGAAGCUAAACUAGACAAGACAAAGGCCUCUAUAACGAGGUUACAGUCAUUGAUAAUUGUUACUUCUCAAGCUGUUACAACCACAUCUACUGCCAUAAUCCGUCUUCGUGAUACUGACCUUGUUCCACAACUCGUUGAGCUCUGUCAUGGCUUUAUGUACAUGUGGAAAUCUAUGCAUCAAUACCAUGAGACUCAGAAUAGCAUUGUGGAGCAAGUCCGGGGACUCAUUAACAGAUCAGGCAAAGGUGAAUCCACCUCUGAGCUACACCGACAAGCAACACGUGACUUGGAAUCAGCUGUCUCAUCUUGGCACACCAGUUUCAGCCGUCUAAUUAAAUUCCAACGUGACUUCAUACUCUCAGUUCACACCUGGUUCAAGCUAACCCUUCUCCCAGUUUGCCAAGAAGAUGCCACCGAUCAUCAUAAAGAGCCGCUCAAUGCUUACGCCUUCUGCGAUGAGUGGAAACUCGCUCUAGACCGUGUUCCCGAUACAGUCGCAUCCGAGGCAAUCAAAAGCUUCAUCAACGUUGUGCAUGUGAUAUCCGCAAAACAAGCUGAUGAACACAAGAUAAAGAAAAGAACAGAAUCAGCGUCAAAAGAGCUCGAGAAGAAAGCUUCUACGCUUAGAAACCUAGAGAGGAAAUAUUACCAGUCAUACUCAAUGGUCGGUGCCGGUUUACCAGAUUCAGGACCCGACAGCGAACACAUGUUAGACGCUCGAGACCCACUAAGCGAUAAAAAAUUGGAGCUUGCAGCUUGCCAAAGGAGAGUAGAGGAAGAGAUGCUGAAAUACUCAAAGGCAAUAGAAGUGACAAGAGCCAUGACUUUAAAUAAUCUGCAGACAGGGUUGCCUGGUGUGUUCCAGUCGUUAACAAGUUUUUCUGCUUUGUUCAUGGAGUCUCUCCAAACGGUAUGCACUCGCUCAUACUCUAUCAAAUAGGACUCUAAAAUAUAUACACAUAUAUCUUGAUAGUCAUACAGAGUUACAGUAACAAAGCUUCAACUCUUUAAAAUUUAAAGUAUGGCUCUUGUUUUAUUGCCCUUAAUUAUGUCUUUUAGCAUUAAUGUGAGAUCAGUUAUUGUGUUUCGCCAAGAAAUUGUUGAAAACAUUUUUAUUUAUUAUAAGGAGAAUGUAAAUAAACGAAAUUUUGAAACUGAGGGCGUUGCUUUGAUUCUGGAUA